GGAUAAUGUGGAGUGGUCAGAAGAGCAGGAAGCCAGUGCCAGGAGUAAAGUUCAAGAGAACAGCUCACAGCUAUUGCCACAAGAUAAACAAGAGGAAUAUGAGGUGAAUGCUAAGAGGUACUGGGAUGACUUCUAUAAAAUCCAUGAAAAUGGCUUCUUCAAGGACAGGCACUGGCUCUUCACUGAAUUUCCUGAGCUGGCACCUAACAGGAACUCAAGUCAAAAUGGGGAUUCUGUGCAUGAAUUUAGUAACAAAGAAGAAUCCAACAAUGAAGGGCUGGGAAGCUGUGAAAAUGGACAUUGUUCAUUGGAAACCAGGGCAGAGAAUCAGUUAAACCUGACAAAAAGCACAGCUAAGAUCUGCACAGAGGAGCUGGCUCCACAGAAGUACAGUGAGCUGAAUCCAAGUAAUAGAGAUUACCCGGGAUCAUCUGCAUCUUACCGAAUAUUAGAGGUUGGCUGUGGUGCUGGAAAUACAGUCUUCCCAAUUUUACAAACCAACAAUGACCCGGGCCUUUUUGUCUAUUGCUGUGAUUUUUCUACAACAGCUGUGGAUCUUGUCCAGAACCAUGCGGAAUACGAUUCCUCUCGCUGCUUUGCGUUUGUCCAUGACCUGUGCAAUGACCAAAGUCCUUUCCCAAUGCCAGAUGAGAGUCUCGACGUUGUUAUUCUUAUCUUUGUCCUCUCAGCAAUUCUCCCAGAGAAGAUGCAAUGCAUUGUUAACAGACUGAGUCGCCUUCUGAAACCAGGAGGAAUGAUUUUGUUACGAGAUUAUGGCCGUUACGAUCUGGCCCAGCUUCGGUUUAAGAAAGGUCAAUGUCUCUCUGAUAACUUCUAUGUGAGAGGUGAUGGCACCAGAGUCUACUUCUUCACACAAGAUGAAUUAGAUGGCCUCUUCACAACAGCUGGGCUGGAGAAAAUCCAGAAUCUGAUUGAUCGGCGAUUGCAGGUGAACCGUGGGAAACAGAUGACCAUGUAUCGGGUCUGGAUCCAGUGCAAGUACCGCAAGCCCGCCGCCCCUCAGCCCUAA